AUGUCACUCACUAGUCUACUGCUCAACCAUCCUAUUCCCCGAGAAUCCAUUGAGCUCGGCCGUCUUGUUCUGGACCCCAAGUACCCUGACCAGGACUUCUGCCAGCCGUCCUUUCCAGCAGAUCCCAAUGACCAAUCGUUAGACGCCAGAAAUCCCAUCGCCCCUCCGUUCAUCCCUGACGUGGCCACUCAACGGGUUGAGAAUUUCCACGAAGUCCUCCAACGAAGCCGGGGCACACAACUAGAGCUGAGACUGCUGAACCUGCUCUCGGUCGCGCCCUCGGCCCCAACUAGCUUCUCAGCGACCGUCACCGCCACGCACUGCGUCACCCACCACCUACGAAAUGCUAGCGCUUACUUCAGUGCCGCAUGCCGGCAGACCAGGGUGCGUGCCUGGUUAGACAAGGAAUCACGGCGUUCCUCCAGCACUGUAUACCUCGUUUGUGGGUUCAAGACAAUGAUCGACGGCCGCGUGGAUUUGGAGCGCCACCGCGAAACCAACCUCGGCAUGACCGCAUCCCUACCCGCAGCAGUGAUCACUAGUGCGGCUGGCGUGCCGGCCCCCAUCCCCCCUAGUCUCGGGCCUCGAUAUCUCGAGCAGCAUAUCGCUGGUAAAGUCGUCCAAUGA